UAGAUCAAUUUAGUAACAAGAGAUGGGUUUUUGGUAGAAAUGGGGAUGUUUCCCUUCUGCUCUGGACCCUCCUUUGGGGCCAGAGAGAAAGUCAACUUGAACCAAACCACGCCCCUCGGUUUUAUUCUGGCGAACUUAUCAGCGCCUUCAUGUCGAAAGUGCUGCUCAGACUGAGGAGAGAGCAGAGAAGAUAACCCCUCCACAGGCCACCCAUGCUGACAAAUACUCAAUCCAAAACGCCUUUUCACGUCUGUGGACAUUAAACUUUCGCAGCUGUGACAGGAUGGAUUUCUUGGACCGCGGCUACCUGGACACGCGGUCUCCUUAUGAUUAUACCUUUAAUUUCUGGAAUGACUACCUCGGUCUGUCGACACUUGUCGCCAAAAAUAAGAUCAACAGUCCUUCCUGUAACCCCAACUCCAUAACGGAGUCUCUAAAAGCGACUCUGGGUUUGGAGGACGACUCCCCGGUUUGCUCCUGCGUAAUUGGGCACGGCAGAGAUGGCGACGGACACUUGGAGUGCUGCUGCGCGACCGCUGGCUCCGCGCAGAUGUCCAUCUAUGAUCUCAAAGAGCGCAUCUCUUUUCUCAGGCCUUACCAGCAGCUUGCUGGUGAUUCGCAGCUGGUGGACAGAGACGCUCCGUCGUACGGCGGAAGCUUCGCCGGCCUCGACCUGCUCUCCUUGGAACGGAGGCGUAAACAAACUCAGAGGUGCAAACCGGAGCCGAAGGUCUGCGUCUUCUGUCGGAAUAACGGUGCGCCGGAGGAAGUUUACGGCACCCACAUCUUGAAGACAGCAGACGGCAGAGUCGUGUGCCCCAUCCUCCGGGCUUACACCUGCCCCCUCUGCAGUGCCAACGGAGACAACGCGCACACCAUCAAGUACUGCCCGCUUUCUAAAGAUCAGCAGAACCACAGAGUAAAGGGGGGCCGAGCCAUCGGCAAAAGGCUGAAAAUCUUCUAAAGGGCAACAUAAAUUAAGCUUGAAUUGCACUGUUUUAAAAUUCCUAGAGUGUAUGGCAGUAAUUUUGCCCCCAUUUGAUGCACAAGACAAGUCUGGAGAGAACGACUUGUAGAAAAUGUUUAUAAUGAUUUCUUUUUGUAUGUGUCACUGCUUCAUUAGUAAAUUUUGGUCGAUAUUGUAACUAUGAGCACAUAGUUUAUACUUGCAUUGUGCGCAAUACUUGUCCCCCUCCCACCCCUGGCAUUCUAUAAAGACUUGGUAAUGAAAUAGUAACCAAAGUACUGUACAGAUCGACCUGUGAAUGACCACCUUUAUGCUGUAAUCAGAAGUUGUCUCAAGCAUUGCAGUGCCAGUACAGACAGCUCCCGUGCAUGUCAGUGGGCUGCUCUGGAGUUUAUAAGUGAAUAUGCAGCACUCUUUAUAUGAGGUGAAUGUUUAGUCCCUUUUCUUUUUGUCCACUGGUCUAUUGAUGUAAGAUGUCAGACAGGCCAUGCAAGAUGCAAAUACUUAUUUAGAUCCAGCAAAUAUUUUCCUGAGAUAAAUGUUUUCUACCAAAGGAAUACGCUUUUUGUAUCGAAACUUAAACCUAAAGGAGAAAUUUCUGUAUUGUUUAUAUGUUGGAUGUCAUAUUAUUCUACGUGUGCUUUUAUGUGGUUAGCAUUUUACAAAUUUCAGCUGAAUGUACAACAGUGGAAGGUGGAUCAGUCCAUUGUGGUGCUGUUCCAGUCGCUCUAAACUUCUUCAUUUCUGUCUAAAAAUACUUUUUUUUUAAUGUGGAAAUGUGCACCUGCGAUUCUUUGUAUAUGUAUAAACAAAUAGAAAUGAAAAGCCUGACAUUCCAAAGUCUUUAAACUGUCAAUAGAAAUGUUUUAUGUACUUAUUUUUACCUUAUGUACCAAUGGGAAAUAUAUUUACUGUAAAUGAUGUCUAAAUAAACAUGUAAUUUGCAUUUUA